AUGCUUGCAGGCGGCGACUAUAACGAAGGAGGCCUUCCGAAAUGCGGUGCUGACAAUGCCCUGAAAGCAGCUCAAGCGAGUCUUGGUCGCAGCCUCUGCAGCAGACAAAACCAAGACGAGUGUAGCAAAUGGGGCGCUAAUACCCUCAGUAACUUCUUCAAGAAAACAGCGCCGGGAAUCACUGUCCCUCCGAACUUUCCACGAUACGAGCUUCUGCAGUUCUACAACCAACCCAAGGUACACUCCGAUGACUCGCUCCGGGACCAUGCUAGAGAGAAUAUGGACUAUGUCCAUCCACCUCGUGAGACACACUUGUUCCUCAAAGCGUGUCCGCCAAUCAACAUGAUUUGGAAAAAGUACCUCAACCACGUUGGCCCCAUACUACUCUCUCGCAUCCUUGCAGCCUGUGACGAGCCGUUGCCUGGGACGACUCCGUAUGGCCUCACUCUCGUGAACACACGACAGACGGCUGCAACGGCCCAACUAUCUCACGCCCCGCUAGAGCGGAAGGUCAAAUUCAGAGCGUUCGAUGUCACCGAACUGAAAGUACAGGACUUGGCCGCAUACGUAACACAGAGAGACAAGCCGAUACCAGAUAUCAACGAAGCACCUGGCCAUGUUGUCACUUACGAAAUGCCGGCAUUUCUCUUACGCAAGGUCUUGCCGAUCCCCACACCGACAGUAACGGAGCCUAGUGGAACAGAACAUCUGCCGAAGCGAAAGCAUUCAACCUCUGAUGAGCAAGAUACGAGUAGCCCAGUCUCAGCAAAGAAGAUGCGCCAGCCUGCCAAACCUGCAACUCCUGUCACACAGCCCUCCAUUACGUUUCCAAAACAGCACUCUGGUCUCACCUUCAAAGCACUCACUCCAACAUUCGCCCUUGGGUUCCACCACAUCCCCCGCCACACCCGUAAACCUUUCAGAUGA